CAUGCGCCAGAGAAACAAGAUGGCGGAGAGUGCGGAAUUGAAGCAAAUGGUGAUGAGCCUGCGUGUCUCUGAACUGCAAGUACUCCUAGGAUACGCUGGUCGCAAUAAGCACGGAAGAAAGCACGAACUAUUGACCAAAGCACUCCACUUGCUGAAGGCUGGCUGCAGCCCUGCUGUACAGAUGAAGAUCAAGGAGCUGUACCGUCGCCGCUUCCCCACAAAAAUGGUGUCCCCGACAGACCUCUCUCUCCCUGGGGUCCACUCUACAACAGGUGUAGGGUCUACAGUUUUACCUGCUAGCCUCACCCAACUCGGGUUUGACAGCCACGGCGCACCUUCGCCUCUGCUGCCUGUCUCUCUCCUGGGGCCCAAGCACGAGCUGGGCCUUCCACACCUUCCCUCUGCCCUGCAUCCUGUCCAUCCAGACGUCAAGCUUCAGAGGCUUCCUUUCUACGACGUGCUAGAUGAACUUAUCAAGCCCACCAGCCUGGUUCUUCCUUACUAUAAGCAGAUUAAAUUGACCUCAGACAACAAUCAGAGGUUUCAGGAAACAUGCUUUGCAUUUGCAUUGACGCCACAGCAAGUCCAACAGAUCAGCAGCUCAAUGGACAUCUCUGGGACCAAAUGCGACUUUUCAGUACAAGUUCAGUUAAGGUUUUGCUUAUCAGAGACGAGUUGUCCUCAGGAAGACCAUUUCCCACCAAACCUCUGUGUGAAAGUGAAUGGAAAGCCCUGUAACCUCCCCGGCUAUCUUCCUCCAACUAAAAACGGAGUAGAGCCAAAAAGACCAAGCAGACCCAUCAACAUUACCUCUCUGGUCCGUUUAUCCACAACAGUUCCCAACACUAUUGUGGUAUCUUGGACAUCAGAAAUCGGCAGGAGUUAUUCCAUGGCAGUGUACCUCGUCCGACAGCAGUCCUCUUCAGUGUUGCUACAGAGACUACGGUCGAAAGGCAUCAGGAACCCAGACCACUCAAGGGCACUCAUUAAAGAGAAGUUGACGGCUGACCCAGACAGUGAGAUUGCUACCACUAGUCUGAGAGUCUCCCUUCUCUGUCCGCUGGGGAAGAUGCGGCUGAUGGUUCCAUGCCGAGCGCUGACGUGCUCACAUCUGCAGUGCUUCGAUGCUACACUCUACAUCCAAAUGAAUGAGAAAAAACCCACCUGGGUGUGUCCAGUCUGUGACAAGAAGGCCCCAUAUGAACACCUCAUCAUCGAUGGGUUGUUCAUGGAGAUCUUAAACAGCUGUGUAGACUGCGAUGAGAUCCAGUUUAAGGAGGAUGGUAGCUGGGCACCUAUGAUAUCCAAAAAGGUGGUGCAGGAGGUGUCUGCUUCCUCCAAUGGCUUAGAAGGUUCAUGUCGACCAGUGCUGUCUGAGCACAAAAACAGUUCAUCCCACACCAGCAGUAGCAACAGUAAAAAAGUGGAAGUGAUUGACCUUACACUGGACAGCUCUUCAGAUGAUGAUAAUGAUGAAGAGCCUCCACCUAAACGAGCCUGUCCUUCACUUUCGCCCACUUCACCACCUGUCACUAAAGGGGUGUUGAAUCUUCACCAUCAGGCAUCGCCAGUGACGCGAGCUCCAAGCAUGCCAGCAGUGGAGACUAACUACAUUCCCCCUCCACCACCUCUUAUUCAGGACUAUCGCCACUAUUACCACACGCCCAGUGACCUGUCAGAUCUGAAUUUCUUUUCAUUUUUACCAGGGGAAAAUCAUCCGCAUUACAGCAUGGUUAUGGCGGCAGCAGCCGCAGCAUCUGCCUCGGCGUCAACAUCGGAAGAUCACGAGCUUCUCCGCUUCUUGCCCUAUAACUCCUCACAGCUGUACCUGGAGCAAGCAGGCACGGCGCCGAGCAGUUCACUGGCACCGCCCAAUGGCAGCGCAGGCAGCAGUAGCAGCCUGCGGGACAGCCAUGGGCACAGCAGUGUGUCCCGUUCACGGUCGGACACAGCUGCAUCAGUCAUAUACGGCUCCAUCCCUGACGUCAUCUCACUCGACUGAGCACACAGGCACAACAAACCUAAGACUUGCAAGAUGGGCUCUCUGCACCAAGCAUGGGAGACAAGAGAAGCCUGGUGCGCUUCAAAGAGGAUUUAGAGAUGAAUUGAGGCAGAAGGAAAAGAGGGGUGGGGGAAAAAGAGGACAAAUAACUUUGUAAAAAAAAAAAAAAGAAGAAAAAGAAAA